UGCAGCAGAGUGAGUGAGCUAGGGAGAGGGCAGGGUCAACCACUUCGUAUGGUAACGACACGCGGCCAUUCGAAGUCGAGCAAUGCCACUUCGAGCUCGCACAGUAACUGCAAGCUUGCGGCGGUCUCUUCGUUGUCUCCACCUUAGCUUCUGUUCUUUCUCUCUGUCAAAACCUCAGUUUUCUGCCAAUUGUCACGAAUUUUUGCCGUGGUUGGAGCGGAAAGCUGAAUCUGCAGUUUCUUCCUCACUUUUCAUCGGCAAAUCUUCUUAUGGAAGGUCUCUGUUUGCUUCCAAGACAAUACAAACUGGAGAUUGCAUUUUAAAGGUUCCUUACAGAGUGCAAAUUACUGCUGAUAAUCUUCCUCCUGAAAUCAAAUCUUUGAUCGGUGAGGAAGUGGGAAAUAUUGCGAAACUUGCUAUUGUUAUUCUCGUUGAGAAGAAAAUGGGUCAGGGUUCUGAAUGGUAUCCUUAUAUCAGCCAUCUUCCGCAGCAAGGGGAGCAACACAAUACGGUAUUUUGGAAUGAAAGUGAGUUGGAGUUGAUUCAUCCAAGUUCAGUUUAUCAAGAAACUAUUGACCAUAAAUCUCAAAUUGAAAAGGAUUUUUUGACAAUCAAGCGUGUUUUUGAAUCUUUCGAUAUGAGUUUUGAAGAUUUUACCUUCAAGGACUUCAUGCAUGCAUGCACACUAGUUGGUUCUCGAGCAUGGGGAAGCACAAAGGGUUUAGCUCUGAUUCCAUUUGCAGAUUUCUUAAACCAUGAUGGACUUUCAGAAGCAAUUGUAAUGAGUGAUGACGACAAACAAUGCUCAGAAAUUAUUGCUGAUCGUGACUAUGCCCCUGGUGAACAGGUCCUAAUAAGAUAUGGAAAGUUUUCAAAUGCUACACUACUGCUGGACUUUGGUUUUUCAAUUCCAUACAACAUUUACGAUCAGGUUAAGGUCCAGUUUGAUGUACCUAAGCAUGACCCUUUGCAUGACAUGAAGUUGGAACUCUUGCAACGAAACAUUGUACCUCAUCCUGAAGAUAUGGAGGACUUGACAUAUCCUGUGAAUACCUUCAGUAUCAAGGAGGUGAAGUCGGAUAGAGGAAAAGGGAAGGGUCUUCCACAGUCACUUCGUGCGCUUGCUCGUGUUCUUUCUUGUGCCACAUCUCAGGAACUUGACGAUUUGGUCGAGGAAGCUGCUCAAAAUGAUGGAAGGCUGGCUAGGCGCCCUUUAAAGGAUAUCAGCAGAGAGAUACAAGCACACCUGAUGUUGUUAUCAGUAUUCAUCCAAUUAAUUGAGGAGCGCAAUGCGAUUAUUAUGUCACUGGGUUCUUGUCAUAGCCCUCUCUUUUGUGAAAGACUUCCUGUUAGAAGAAUAAUGGCUCAAGAUCUCCUACAUGGUGAGCUUCGCAUUCUCAAAUCUGCUUCUGCCUGGCUGGAGAACUACUGUGUCUCCUUGACUUGAUAGUCAUUAGUUACUGGCUGCAGCCACAGGAGUGUAUUGUUGGCGCCAACGAAGUAUCAGAAUAUUGACAAUAAUGCAUGCAACCUUUGAAAGUAUUCUUUCGAUCUUGUAGUUGUCAUUUUCUUACCAUUAAUUGAUUCUCGAUUGAAAUGAGUUGUUACAAA